UCAUGUACAUAGGUGUCCACAAAUGGAUUGUGAACCAUCUUGAGCUUCACAUCCAGUUAGUUCUCUGCCUUCUCGAACUAGCGUCGUUCGACGAAACCCGUAAUUGUUAUUUUCUGCGCGGAUGUCAAUUUCUCGGUCUGAACUACAGAUUGGGUCAAGCAUUGACGUUUGGUGUUUCUUUAACAUAUUUACAAACGCGGGUCUUCUUUUGGAAUAAUAGUAAUUGUACACUAUACUAUCGUCCUCCAGACCAAUGGAGAAAAUGGCCAGACCUGUUCCUUUAAACUCAUCUUUCCAAACUCCAACUAAUGGCGUACUGAAAUCCCUGUUGGAGAAUCCAAUGAAGCUGCCAUUUCAUCAUGAAGGUUUUGGAAAAGAGAAGAAUGCGAAAGAGAAAAAGUUGGAGGAGGAAGGCGGUGCCAAUACUCCACAGUCGGCCUUCCUAGGGCCGACCCUGUGGGACAAGACCUUGCCAUAUGAUGGGGACAACUUCCAGCUAGAGUACAUGGACCUGGAAGAGUUUCUGUCAGAGAAUGGCAUCCCUGCAAACUCGGCUCAGAAUAACCAAAAUCAGCCACAGCAGUCCCGGCAGCCCACUAUCCAGCAGGUUUCCCCAGCACCCCCCAUACCCUCUGUGGUCGACCUCAGCAGCCACGCCACUACCUCCGUUCAUACAGCCAUGGUCUCCCAGAACUGUCUCCAGAGCCCCCCAGCCAGAGCAGUGCUGCCCUCAGCUGCCAGGAACACCCCCAGCCCCAUCGAUCCAGAGUCUAUUCAAGUUCCAGUGGGCUACGAGCCCGACCCUGCAGACCUGGCUCUGUCCAGCGUACCCGGACAGGAGAUGUUUGACCCCCGAAAACGCAAGUUCGCCCCAGAGGAGCUCAAACCACAGCCCAUGAUCAAAAAGGCACGCAAGAUCUUCAUCCCUGAAGAUCUCAAGGAUGACAAGUACUGGGCCAGACGCAGAAAGAACAACGUAGCAGCCAAAAGGUCACGAGAUGCCAGGCGACUGAAGGAGAACCAAAUUGCCAUCCGGGCUGGCUUCCUAGAGAAGGAGAACGGUGCACUUCGCUCAGAGGUGGCCGACUUGAGGAAGGAACUGGGUCGCACCAAGAACAUUGUGGCCAAAUACGAGGCUCGGCAUGGGCCCCUGUGAACCUCCCCAAACCAACGUCCACGCCACACCCUUCCCUCUCACCCCCUCACCCAAGAGUUUAAAGGACAAUGUGCCUCCCUUUUGGUGGCACUGGCCCCCACACACACCAGCCCCUCACCCCUGUACAUGAUAAUCCUAUAGGAUUCUAUCAUUUUGAAUUCUGUCACUGGCAUCCGUUUGUUUGUUCCUUUUGUUUUCUCACUCAUCCUUCGUGUGUGUGUGUGUGUGUGUGUGUGUGUGUGUGUGUGUGUGUGUGUGUGUGUGUGUGUGUGUGUGUGUGUGUGUACAGUAUGCACACACACUUUUCUCUUUCAAGUAUUACAAGGCACUUUGAGUGUUAAUGAGCCAACAACCUACUCUCCGGAUCCCUACCCUGUCCCCUCUUUCCACUGUUCAUUUUGUAAAUGAUGCCAUGGUGUUUGUUUUCCCCCUUUCUCACCUGUUUUAUACGUGUGAUCAGGACUGAGAGCUGUUGUAAUGUAUCUCCCUCCCCAUCCUUAUGUUCUUCCAGUGCUGUUUUCAGAGGGAAUCUCCUCCUACCUAAGACCCUGUUCCUGUCUGUUGUUAUGUCCUGUACCUUCCUGUAGCAUCCUUUCUCAAACGGUUUGAACCGUACAUUCGUAUUGCAAUUUGUUUUGUUAUUGUAAUUCCGUGAAUAUUAUACAUUUUCGCGUCCAUUUUUGUUCUAUUGCGGCGCUGUAACAUCAGUUCAUCACAUCAGGACUAUAAGCUACUCUUGUGAUUUUAAUAUUUUCUUUGUUAGCACUUAACCUCUCUCUCAAACCUCAGUAUAACUGUACAGUUGAAAAGAAAAACCAGCGAUUCUUUUCUAUCACACAUUGAGCAAUAAUCUUUUCCAAAUCUAUAUUAAUUCAUGCUACCAAGUUUUUCCUCCCACACCGAUUCCCCAAUCAGAGCACCUCUUGGUCUCCAGUAGAACCCACAACCCUCUUGUCUCGCGUUGCACGGCACGGUCAUGUUCUGUUGGGAGUUGCGCAAGCUAGCAUGGUGAUGGUGGACAGAUUUCCCACCCUGUGCUCAGUGGUCUCUCUGCUGCAGCCUGUUCCACAACCACAACUCCGCUAACCCUCUCUGCACCAAUCUUCUAACACGUGUCACAAUCUGCCCUGGUGCAAUGUUCCUCAGUCUAAUCUGCUUGAUAUUUAUGUAUCUUUUCUGUUAAGGACAGAUUCAUUUUUUUGGAAUAUCGAAUUGUUAUUAUUAUGACUUCUAUUUGUGUCGUUGAUAUUGUUAUUCUUAUUAUUAUCAUCUCAUCGUUUUUAUUUGAAUAUUUCAGCAUGAUUUCCCAGAACACAAACCUCAAGCUAAUCGCAAAGUGGUUGAAUUAUUUCCUUUUUAUUUAGCAUGAUUAACAAGAGUGGUUCUUUUAAUAAUCAAUAGAGAUGUCUGUAUUUUUGUAGAUAUGUGUUUGCCUUCUUCUGUAAAAUGGCUGUAUGAAUGUAAAAGAUGUUGGGGAAAAAAGUUGAAUGGUGUUGUCCAGUACUGUGGUUAUCCCAAACAAUUAGUUUACUACAAACCAAAAGAUUCAGUACAGAGAUGAUACAUUGGUUAUAAGAGAUGUUUAUAUAAAGCUAUUCUAUAUGGGUUUUUUUGUACAGUAUUUUUCCUAUACAUUACUGGCUAUGUAUUUUAAAGGCACAGAAUCCAGAUUAUUAUUAUAUUAAAGAAUACAAAUACAUUACUCAAAGAACCAAUAUAGUAGUGUUUUGAUAUCUUAACCAUAAUAAUGUGGUAGUUUUACAGAGAUUCCUCCAAAUCCAGCUGCAGUAACGGAUACUGUUGGGCAUUAUUCAAAGACACUCCUGUAUCCUGGUUAUAUACUAUAGAUUUAGCCAUCAGUAACCUUUGGUUCCUUGUGUCAUGGAAUCGUAGUGCUUUAAGCUCGAGUCUCACCAACGUUCACAUGAAAUAAAGUUGUGAGUAUGGAGGACGGAAUGUAAUGAAAUGAUCUUUAAUCGGUUUCUGUAGAGAUUCACUAUUGCAAAGGAGAUUCCAACACUUGUUUGCUAUUGAUUGUCCCCGAUGUCACCACUAGGUGUCUCAAUUAGACUCCUGUUAUGGGUCCCUUCAGUCAGAGAUGACCAAAAUAUGUCACCGGAGUCCUUUGAUAGUAAAGGUUUACCUUGAAAAGGUUUACCUUUAGUCAUAUUCUGAUAUAAACUAAUAUGACUAAUAUUUGGAGCCAUCUCUAUGCUCACUAGUUAGAACGAUGUUACAAUGAAGGGGAGGGCAAUUUCAGGUUACUGUAGCUGCUGUUUGUCUGCCUGCUUGUUUGACCUUUGCAGUUCUAGUAAGCCCACUGCCUGAGUGAUAUUACUCUCAAUGACACUGCAUAGCUUACUGAAAUCUCUCUAAUUCUGCUAUAAUAGAAUUUCACAGUUGACCAAAUACAGUGUAGUGUUCCUUACCUGUUGCAGAUCAUGGUCCAGCGAAGUUGAGAGUAGAUAUGUUUUGGCUAUAGAGAAAUGGCUGGAGGUGGUUUUCCUUAUUCACAUUUCUAUAGCCCAUCCGUACAGAUAUGGGUUUUGUCCAUUUUGUCCGUACAGAUAUGUGUGUGUCCAUGCUAUUCUGUACCAUGGACGUACCAUAUGAAAGAAUAGGAUAAAGCCAUUACCAGUCCACACAUUGCCCACAUACCCCCCUGUAGAGUGACUUCACUACCUCACCCAUGAAUGGAAAAAAGUAACCAUAAUUCUGAGUCUAUUCCAGUGCCUUGAAUACACUGGCUGUUCCUCAGUCUCUCAGCGACGUAUUGUCAUUAUCACCACUUGAAUAGGUUCAGAUCUAAUGCAGCAAAUGUUCUAUAUAUUUACAAUUUUCUUUCUACUUAUUUAAAACACAAUUAACUAAUUACCAUUGUAUUAAUGGCAACACCAAUGGACUGUUUCACAGAGGGUACAUAGAUACACAAUGAAAGGAGUAUUCUGUCUGUCAUGGAAUGAAUGCAUAACAUAUGAUAUUCAGGCCUUGGCCUCCCGAUCUGUAAUUCAUAGUGUCUAAUAAAGUAUUUUGUUUCUUUU